CUAUAUAUAGUGUUCCAGAGCUCCUCUCUUACUCGCUAAAACAAGUAUCUGGAAGCCCAAUUAAUCGGCGAUGAAUUCGUUUAAGGGGGCGGUAAACUCGUUCAAGGGGGGAAUCAACUCAUUCAAAGGCUACGGCAAGGUGAACGAGGAUCUCGAAGCGAAGCGCCAAUAUCAAAGGAAAACCAGGAAAAGGAUCGCCAUAAUCGCCCUUUCCUCGGUGGUACUAAUAGUCAUUAUAGUUGCGGCGAUUAUCGGGGUUUCUAGAAAGCAGGGCCAAAAUGGCCAAAAUGCCCGGGCGGAAAAUUUGCCGGCAACAGCAAAGUCGAUAAAGGCCGUCUGUUCAGUGACCAAAAACCCUACUUCUUGCUUCUCGAGCUUGUCACAAGCUGCGGAUCCUAACCAGAUUGAUCCAGAAGACAUCUUCAAGCUCUCUUUGAAGGUCUCCAUGAAUGAGCUCGAAAAGGCUUCCACAAUUCCUGCAAAAUUAGGGGAAAAGGUCAAUGAUAAACGAGCAUUGGCGGCCAUUAAAGAUUGCUCAGAGCUCAUUGCUGACGCCAUUGAUCAAUUGAACAACUCGUUAUCAGCUAUGGUUGAUGAUUCAGGCCACCUGAAACUCGCAGGAAAAGUGGAGGAUCUGAGGACAUGGUUAAGCGCCGCCAUUACAGAUCAAGAAACUUGCUUUGAUGGCUUCGAAAACGUAUCAGGCCCCUAUCUUCAUCAGCUUCAGGCCUCUCUGAAGAACGCGACCGAGUUCACAAGCAACAGUCUCGCGAUAGCCGGGAAAAUCAUGGACAUAGUGAGCUCGUUAGGUUUCCAGCUUCAUCGGCGACGCCUUUUAGGUUUCUCAGGCAAUUCUCCCGUCAACAACCGCCGCUUGUUGGACUUUUCCGGCGAGUUUCCAUCUGAAAACUCUUUUUCCGGCGACCUUGCGGCCAACAACAAAGUACCUGGCGAUUUUCCAGAGUGGAUAUCGGCAAAAGAUCGCCGGUUUUUGCAGGGUACGGACCCGCGUUCUUCUGCCGAUGCCGUCGUGGCACAGGACGGAUCGGGAAAAUUUACGACGAUUCAGUCGGCCAUUGACUCGGUGCCCAAAAAGAAUGAGGGCAGGUUCGUAAUAUACGUGAAGAAGGGGCGCUAUCUUGAGAACGUGGUAGUGGACAAGAGCAAGUGGAACAUUAUGCUGAUCGGCGACGGAAAGGAUGUCACCGUUGUUUCGGGGAGCCGGAAUUUCGUUGAUGGAACGCCGACUUUUUCAACCGCAACUUUCGCUGCGGUUGGGCGUGGAUUCAUUGCUCAAGACAUGGGGUUCGAGAACACAGCUGGCCCCCAGAAGCACCAGGCUGUAGCCAUUCGAGUCGGUUCGGACCGCUCCGCUUUCCUUCGAUGCAAAUUCAUUGGUUUCCAGGACACUCUCUAUGCCCACUCCCAACGCCAGUUUUACAGAGAAUGUUUCAUCUCUGGCACUGUCGACUUCAUCUUCGGCAAUUCGGCGGUCGUGUUCCAGAACUGUGAGAUCCAAUCCAGGCAACCCCUUGACAAUCAGAAAAAUACAAUAACAGCGCAAGGCAAGACAGAUCCUGAACAAAACUCCGGGAUCUCAAUCCAAGGGUGUCAACUCACUGCAGAGACAAGUCUAACUGCUCCGACAUUUCUUGGUCGGCCUUGGAAGCCGUAUUCGACAACAGUUGUUAUGAAGUCAGUUAUUGGUGCGUUUCUUAAUCCGGCUGGUUGGUUGCCCUGGGUUGGUGACUCUGCUCCUGAGACAAUUUUUUAUGGCGAGUAUUUGAACACCGGUGCAGGUUCAAAUGUGACUGGAAGGGUUAAUUGGGUGGGUUAUCAGAAGGCUUUGAGCCCGAACGACGCAUCUCGGUUUACCGUGGGGUCAUUUCUACAGGGGGCAGAGUGGUUGUCAACAACUCAGGUUGCUUUUAAUGCGGGGCUUUGAUGUUUGGGGCUUUGAUGACUGGAAUAUGAGCGAUUAUGGCUGUAAUUUGAUAGGCUUGGGAAUUGUAUGGCAUUGGCCUGAAUUUGAUAAGGUUUAGGUGGAAUGGGUGGCAUACUUGGUUUGUAAAUGUACUGGGGAUGGGAUUAGAGUUUGGCCUGAGAAAUGGCUACCAGAUUGUUUGAUUGAGGGGUCGUGGUGGAUUUGUUAUUCUUCCCUGUAUCGAGAAGAACAGUUAUUCAAAUUUAAUUUGAAAAGAAAAUUCAAGCGCUUGGCAUUGGAGAAGGUGUUAAGUAGGUUUCAAAUGCGGUGGCAACGGCAACGGCCACGCCACCGGGCGUGUUACGACCCCUGGUUUCAAACCUGGGAGAAGUUUUCUAUAGUCACCAUAAUAUCAAGUGGUGGGUUAGUAAUGAAUGGUGGUUCUCAUCAAA